AUGGCCGCCGCGCCGCUGCUGAGAGACCGGCUCAGCUUUCUGCACCGGCUCCCGAUCCUCCUGAAGGCAACGUCCGACGACGACGUGCCGUGUCCGGGCUACCUGUUCGCGGAGAUCGCCAAAAUCUCCCACGAGUCGCUGGGCAGCAGCCAGUGCCUCCUGGAGUACCUGCUGAGCCGCCUGCAGAGCGGCUCCGGCCGCGUGAAGCUCAAGGUGCUGAAGAUCAUGCAGCACCUGUGUGGCCACGGCUCCUCCUCCUUCCUGCUGCUCCUCAAGCGCAACUCCGCCUUCAUCCAGGAAGCGGCAGGGUUCACGGGGCCCCCGGACCCUCUCCACGGGAACAGCUUGUACCAGAAGGUGCGGGCGGCCGCCCAGGACUUGGGGAGCACCUUGUUCUCGGACACCUUGUCCCCUCCUCCCGCCGCCCAGCCUCCCAGGGCCCUGCCUCCCGCAGGCAUGGGCUCCCAGUCCCGGCCCCAGAGCGCCCUCCAGGGCUUCGGCUACAGCAAGGAGCCCCGCCCCGCGGGCUCCACGGGGGAAGCCCUUCUCGCCACCCUCCAGAAGGCCGCGGAGGUGGUGGCCAGCGCCGUGCGCCCUGGGCCCGAGGGCCCCGGCUCCCAGGGGCCCCGGCUGCAGGGGGACGCCUACCAGCCCGCUGCGACGUCUCCCGCCAGCCACGGCCGCUGCGCCCCCGGGAGCCCGCCCCCUGGCGCCCUCCCGGGUGCCCGAGCCGCCAGACACCAGCCGGGCCAGGCGGGCGGGGGCUGGGACGAGCAGGACAGCAGCCCUGGCUCUUGCCAGGAGAACGGCCGGAGCAGGGCCUCGGGCUCAGGCACCUGGUCCGGCAGUGACAGCCCCUCGGGGGCCAGCGGGGCGCCCAGCGACCAGGCUGAGAGGGUGGAGGCCAUGGCCCUGAGCGACUGCCAGCAGGAGCUGAGCCUGGUCCAGAGGGUGACACAGGGGCCGCACCCCUCCAUGAGCCCCGAGGAGGCUCAGCGCUUCAUCAGAGAGUGUGGGCUGCUCAACUGCGAGGCGGUGCUGGAGCUGCUGACCCGCCGCCUGGGCCGGCCCGGCGAGCAGGCGCAGAUGAGAGCCCUGGGCGCCAUCGCCGCCCUGGGGUGCACGGACCUGCUCUCCCAGGAGCACCUGCUGCUCCUCGCCGGGCCACGCCUGCAGGAGCUCAGCGCCGGCCACCCCGGGCCCGUGACCAGCAAGGCCACCAAGAUCCUGAGGCACUUGGAAGCUUCCUGCCGACAGCACGCCGCCCGGAGGCCGCUGGCCGAGCCCCACCCCGCCACCCCGAGCGCCGGCCCGGCUGACCUGCUGACGGAUGCCCUGCCUCUCGCCGGGGCCCCCGAGUUCCUCCAGCCUCUGAGUUCAGUCCUGCCCUCCCCCAGGGGCCCUGCAUCCCCUCUCGCCCUGGGUGGGCGCCCUGUCCCAGCCCUUGGGGACCCCAGGAAGGCCGAGCCCAGACUGGCAGGUCCCAGAGACCAGGAGGCCAGCCCGGAGCAGGCCCGGGCGGGCUCGGACGCUCUGAACGGAGAACUGGCAUCCGGCCCAGGCCCAAGCGGCAGCCACACGUCCCUGUUCGCUGGCAUGGAGCUGGUGGCCUGCCCCCGCCUGGUGCAGGCGGGCCCUGGUGACCAGAAGCCCCCACAGCCCCCGUGGACGCUGGCACCCAGGGCGGCGGCCCCAGAGCCUCCUGGCUCAGAGCCCUCGGCUUUCGCCUUCUUGAACUCAUGA